AUGGUCGCCGUCGACGACAGCAAUGCAUCGCCCACGGGGAUGACGCAAGGCCAAAACGGUAGCGGUGAGCCUGCCGAGCACCACAAGUUGCCCUCGGCCUUGAAAGAAUCGGUCAAGGAAAAGGCAAACAAGGCAAAGGCAAAGCAGAAACCGCCGGGAGGGUUCGACACGACGCCUCUCCCGGACGCGCCCCCCGGUUACACGGUCCGCUUCUGCUUCUGCGGUGCCUCCAACCUGCCGCCUGCCGACUUCAGCACCAUAUCCUCGGAUCCCUUUCUCACGGCGACCCUGAAGGCGUCGAACCCCAAAAGACACAAGGAGGACCCGGAUCUCGUGCACCGGACCCGCACCCUGCGGCGAACAACCGAGCCCGAAUGGAACGAGGAAUGGAUCGUCGCAAACGUGCCGGCCUCCGGCUUCACCCUCAAGUGCCGGCUGUACGACGAGGAUUCGCCUGACAAGGACGACCGUCUCGGAAACGUGACCAUAAAAGUCCCCCACAUCUCCGACAAGUGGGAGGGGAUGCCUCCGCCGGGCCAGGCGUUUGGUGCCAAGAAGCGCAUGAUGAGCAAGCGAGCCUUCCUCGUCAAGGGCGUCGCCACCAUCUUCAGCAAAGACGCGCACAUGACGCCAAGACUGACGGUCAGCAUGGAGAUUCUCGGACGGUCGGAUGCACCACACGCCCAGAUGCAUACCCUCGGUCCGACGCGAUGGAUCAAGCACUUCAGUCCCAUGAUCGGCCGCCUCACGGGCACAAAGGUCAACACCGACGAGGAGGAGGAUCAGAACGGGAGCGCCGGCGAGGGCAGCAAGGGAAAUGCAAAGGGCAAGAGCCAGAAAUACGAUCUGCUCCUCGUGCCCAGCUUCCAAGCGAACGAGAUGCAGCUGCAAGGCCCCGUACCCCCCGAGCUCUACCACCGAUACGUCCAGUUCCGGCCCAUCAUAGGCGCCAUGUUCGCCUCCAAGGGGCUCCGCGGCAAGAUACUGAACAAGGCGCUCCACAAGCAGCACAACAGAGUCUACAACUUUGACCCGUCGACCGAGUACGGCGAUUUCGAGCCGUGCUCGGAGCAGGCGUCCCUCCAGUUCCUGCGCCUCGUCCACUUCGACGAAGGCGCCCGCACCUUCACCUACGUUCUGACCCUCGACGGCCUGCUGCGCUUCACCGAGACGGGCAAGGAAUUCGGCAUCGACAUGCUGAGCAAGCACACGAUGCAUUCCAACGUCGAAACCUACAUUGCCUGCUCGGGCGAGUUUCUCGUCCGACGACUGCACCACGCCGACCGGCCCGACGACCCGCAGUCGAAGGAGAAGUCGCAGCCCGGGUCGGAGAUUGAGGGCGGGCCGCCGAAGCAGGAAGCUCCUCUCGACCCGUCCAUGUACCAACUCGUCAUCGACAACGACUCCGGAACGUACAGACCCGACAAGUCGAUCCUGCCGGAGCUCAAACGCUUUCUCCAGAAGAACCUGCCCGGUCUCGGCAUCGUGGCCAUGCACUGGGAGGAUGAGAAGCUGCAAAAGAUCAAGGAGACGCAGCGCGAGACGAAGAAGAAGGAGGGUCGGGCCAUCAACCUUGUGAUGAACCGCAGCCGCAGCAGCAUCAGCUCCGCCGAGAGCGAGCUCGCCGACCGCGACGGUAGGUGGGAGCAGGGGCAGAAGAGCAAGCGCGAGGCAGCAUUCGAGGCGCUCGAAGAUCCGCACAAGAUCAAGGAUGCUGUUGCUGCCAUUACUCAUCAUCAUUCGCUGCGAGUUCGACGCAGCCAACAGGUAUGA